AUGAAGUCCACUGUACUCCUCGCUGCUCUCGCUCCCAGUGCAACUGGGUGCUACUAUCUACCUGGCGGGAGAUUCCACGAUGGCGAAAGGUGGUACGGGCUCCGGUACUGCAGGAUGGGGCGAAUACGUAGCUCCCUAUACGACAUUGGAGGUCUCCAACCAGGCCGUGGCAGGCCGCAGUGCCCGGUUUUUAUACACGCGAGGGCCGAAUUCAACACAAUUGCAGAACAAGUGCAGUCAGGAGACUGGAUGAUCAUCGAAUUCGGACACAACGAUGGCGGAUCGCUGUCAACAUCGGAUAACGGCCGGACUGAUUGCUCCGGCACAGGGAGCGAGACCUGCAGUACUGUCUACGAUGGCGUCUCCGAGACCGUGCUGACCUUCCCAGCGUAUCUGGAGAACGCAGCCACCGCCGAGGCCGCGGGCGUAUCCUAUGUCGAUCACGGAGCCUAUGUCGCAAAUAUCUUGGAGACCCUGGGGGCAGACAUCGUCAAUGGAUACUUCCCCCUGGAUCAUACCCACACCAGUGCUGAAGGCGCCCUGGUGGUGGCCCAGUCAUCUUUCAAGGCGGUCGUCUGCGGAGAAGUCGCCCUAGAAAGCGCUUUGAACACCACCACUUUCCUAGGCGAGUGUCUGUAA